AUGAAGAAACUUCAUCCGUUAUCUGAGAGGGUUGAUAGGAAAGAUUUCUUAAAUGAGGCAAGGGCAUUGACAGAAAUUAAGCAUCGAAACAUAGUGAAGCUUUUUGGGUAUUGUUCACAUGCUCGGCGUUCUUUUCUAGUUUAUGAGUACCUCGAAAGAGGUAGCUUGGCUACAAUUUUUAACAAAGAUGAAGAAGCUAAAGAAAUGGAUUGGCCUAAGAGGGUGAAUAUUAUUAAGGGUGUAGCAAGCCCUUUGUCAUACAUGCACCAUGAUUGCACACCGCCCAUUGUUCACCGACACAUUUCUAGCAACAAUGUUCUGAUUGACGAGGAGUAUAAGGCUCGUUGUAUGGAAGUUGUGAGCAUUAUGUUCUAUUGGGGUGGAAAGAUUUUGCGCAAUCGCGAUGAAGGUGUGUCGUACGACACCGAACCUCAGGGGUUGUAUAAUGUGCACAGGGGGAUAACAUUGGGCGAGUUGGAGGCUAUGAUGGUGCCAAAGGUUGGUACGCAUGGGGAAAUAAUGCGAUUAGAGUUUAAAUGUAGACUCCCAUGUCGGGGGAAGUAUAGGUUGCUGCCAAUCAAAGAUAAUGAGACCUUAAGUAAUGUCUUAGAGCUCCUACAUAAAUUAGGCCUUGAUUAUUUUUUGGAAAUCUAUGUGGAGAAGGAGAGCAAUUUUGGUGGCAUAGAGAUGCCAAUUCCGAUGGGUGGGACAUUCACUUAA